AUGAUCUCCCAAGGCAUGUGCAGAAGCUUGAGCAUUCAGUGCAAUGAAAGAGACCGCCAUCUUCUUCUAAACUUCAAGCACACUGUGGUUGAUCCAUCAGCCAUCCUCUCUACUUGGUCUGACGAGCGAGACUGCUGUGAAUGGCAUGGAGUUCAGUGUGAUAACACCACCGGCAGAGUCAUGGAGCUCAGCCUCCCAUGUUCCCAGCAAGAUCCCUUUGUUGCUGAUUGUGGAGAGAAGAAGCCACACUGUCUCACUGGUGAGAUCCACUUGUCAUCUUUGCUCCAACUUGAGUUUCUAAAUUACUUGGAUUUGAGCUUUAAUGACUUCCAUGCUAUCGUUCCAAAUGACUAUGUGGAUGAUAUCACAGACUGCAAUAACCUAUCUGUGGCUGACCAUACUCAUUUUUGCGGAAAUUCUUCUAUUAUGCAUUAUCUUGAUUUAUCUUACAAUGAUCAUCUUCACAUGGGUAGUCUUGAUUGGCUUUAUCGUUUCCCGUCCUUGGAAUAUGUCAACUUCACUGGCAUUAAUCUUCAAGGGAGAGUUGACUGGAUUCAACUACCAACUCUACUUCCUUCAAUUAAAGAGUUGUCCUUAGAGAAUUGUCAGCUUACAAGCAUCAAUUCACCUCUCCAGUUCGUUAAUCUUACUUCACUCGAAGUUCUCAACCUUUCAAACAAUGAUCUUAGCUCUGAAUUUCCAGCCUGGUUAUUCAAUCUCAGUGAUGUCACUACUAUUGACUUGAGCUUUAACUUUUUCCGAGGCCAAUUCCCAAAGAGAUUAUUAAAUCUCCAAAAAAUAAAAGAAUUGAAUUUGAAUCAAAACAAAUUCAGUGGACCAAUUCCAGAUUGGUUAGGCCAACUUGAACAUCUACAAGUCCUUGAUGUCAGUGGCAAUUUCUUUUCUGGUCCAAUUCCUUCAACCUUGGGAAAUAUGUCAUCCUUGAUUAUCUUGGACGUCAGUUCAAAUAACUUAAAUGGAAGUCUGCCAGAAAAUCUUGGACAUCUCUCGAACUUAGAGGAUCUAGGCUUUGGUGAUAAUGACUUGACAGGCACAGAACUCUUUCCAAGGACCCAUCUCUCCAUUGUUGUGUCAAAAAGUGAAUGGGAGAAGCCAAUUGCAGUAUUUGGACCUGUCUGA